AUGGAUCGCUGGGCUGGAAAAGUUGCUAUAGUCACUGGUGCAUCUUCUGGCAUAGGAUUAGAAACUGUCAAGGCCUUAAUUCAACAUGGAAUGACUAAUGAUAUAAAACCGAUUGAAGGGAAAGGAAAAUUCUAUGCUCUCAACUGUGACGUUUCAAAGGAACAAGACGUUAAUCAGAUAUUUGAAUGGGUAAAGGAGAAUUUAGGUGGUGUCCAUAUUCUUGUGAAGAACGCUGGGGUGGUGAUUCUCAGAAAAAUUAUAGAUACAAACAAAGAUAUGUGGGAUAAAGAUGUUGGUGUGAAUAUUAUGGGAUUAUUAUAAUGUACUUAGCAAGCUUUGAAAAUCAUGAAGCAAUCUGGCGAAGGUCACAUAAUAAAUAUCAACAGGUUAGUAUAAUAUUCUAUCGUCUGUAUUUGAAAAAGAUUUGUUUUCUUACUCUCAUUUUAAUUUUUGUAACGUUAAAUGCAUUUUUUAUCACAAAAAGACUGGUUUUAAAAAUGCUAAAUUUUCGGUCCUAAUAAUUUGCCAAUUGUCAUUUAUUAAUAUUUUUUUAAAGCAAACUACUAUAUUGAAGAGCUCAAAAAGUGUGAUUAUCUUUC